AUGGCGAUCGGCCCCGCAGCCAACCGCGCGCCGCUUCCGGUGGCGUCAGCGCCGACACGUGGAUCCAAGAUGGCGGCGGCGAUGGAAAGGCUGAGAUACGUGCUGGGCCUGCUGUUGUUGCUGCACAGCACAGACUCGUUCUAUGUACCUGGGGUGGCUCCCAUCAACUUCCACCGCAAUGAUCCCGUAGAAAUAAAGGCUGUGAAGCUGACAAGCUCCCGGACCCAGCUGCCCUAUGAGUACUACUCACUGCCCUUCUGCCAGCCCAGCGAGAUCACAUACAAGGCUGAGAACCUCGGUGAGGUUCUUCGAGGGGACCGAAUUGUAAAUACACCUUUCCAGGUUUCCAUGAAUGUGGAGAAGAAAUGUGAAGUUCUGUGCAACUUUCCCAACAAGCCAGUCAUCCUGAAUGUGGAGAAGAGCAAGCUCAUCGCCGAGCGCAUCAGGGAGGAUUACUACGUCCACCUCAUUGCUGAUAACCUCCCUGUGGCAACACGGCUGGAGUUUUAUUCCAAUCGUGAGGAAGAGGAGAAGAAGAAGGAGAAGGAUGUGCAGUUCGAGCAUGGAUAUAGGCUUGGGUUUAUGGAUGGUAACAAGUUCUACCUGCACAACCACCUCUCCUUCAUCCUUUACUACCACAGAGAGGAUGUGGAAGAGAGCCAGGAGCACACCUACAGGGUGGUUCGCUUUGAGGUGAUUCCCCAAAGCAUUAAACUGGAAGACUUGAAGGCUGAUGAGAAGAGCAUGUGCACCCUGCCUGAAGCCACGGGCUCUGCCCCUCAGGAAAUAGAUCCUACUAAAGAGAACCGGUUGCUCUUCACCUACUCUGUGCACUGGGAGGAAAGUGACAUUAAGUGGGCUUCCCGCUGGGACACGUACCUGACCAUGAGUGACGUGCAGAUCCACUGGUUUUCUAUCAUUAACUCGGUUGUGGUUGUGUUUUUCCUUUCAGGGAUUCUCAGCAUGAUCAUCAUCCGGACUCUGCGGAAGGACAUUGCCAACUACAACAAAGAAGAUGACAUUGAAGAUACCAUGGAGGAAUCUGGUUGGAAACUUGUGCAUGGAGAUGUCUUCAGGCCUCCACAGUAUCCUAUGAUCCUCAGCUCUCUCCUGGGUUCUGGAAUUCAGCUCUUCUGUAUGAUCCUGAUUGUCAUCUUUGUUGCUAUGCUGGGGAUGCUGUCACCUUCAAGCCGGGGCGCGCUGAUGACAACUGCCUGCUUCCUCUUCAUGUUCAUGGGGGUUUUUGGUGGAUUCUUUGCUGGCCGAUUAUACCGGACUCUGAAAGGCCAUCGAUGGAAGAAGGGAGCAUUUUGUACAGCGACACUGUACCCGGGUGUUGUCUUCGGCAUCUGCUUUGUCCUCAACUGCUUCAUCUGGGGGAAACACUCCUCUGGUGCGGUGCCUUUCCCUACCAUGGUGGCCUUGCUCUGCAUGUGGUUUGGGAUCUCCUUGCCCUUGGUCUACCUGGGUUACUACUUUGGAUUUCGCAAGCAGCCGUAUGACAAUCCUGUACGGACAAAUCAGAUUCCCAGGCAGAUCCCGGAGCAGAGGUGGUAUAUGAACAAAUUUGUGGGGAUCCUCAUGGCUGGUAUUCUGCCUUUCGGAGCCAUGUUCAUCGAACUAUUCUUCAUUUUCAGUGCAAUCUGGGAGAACCAGUUCUAUUACCUUUUUGGCUUCCUCUUCCUGGUGUUUAUAAUUCUGGUGGUAUCCUGCUCCCAGAUCAGCAUUGUCAUGGUGUAUUUCCAGCUCUGUGCUGAGGAUUACCGCUGGUGGUGGAGGACCUUCCUGGUGUCUGGAGGAUCUGCCUUCUAUGUGCUGAUCUAUGCUGUCUUCUACUUUGUGAACAAGCUGGAUAUUGUUGAGUUCAUUCCCUCCUUACUGUACUUUGGCUACACUGCCCUCAUGGUCCUGUCCUUCUGGCUCCUGACGGGCACCAUUGGCUUCUACGCAGCCUACAUGUUCGUGCGGAAGAUCUACGCCGCCGUGAAAAUCGACUGAAGCUGGAAUCCCCCAGCAGGAAUCAGACACCUCUGAACAUGUGUCCUCCCAGGAGGGACAGGGGCAUCUUCUCCCAGCUCUUUUUAAGGAAACAAAAAUCCAGUGGGAGAGUCACAAGAGAAAUAAUUAACUCCUCGAUUUGGAAUGUAACUUUGGCACAGUGUACAUGGAUUCUGGGCUACUUCUGCGGGGAAAAGGGGUCUGUAGAUAACUUACAUUUUAACUUUAUUAUCCUGUUCCAUAUUUGAGGGAGUUUUUUAGCAGAGAAAUAUCCCUCUGUAUAAGUAAACCCCCUUUUUGCUAAUCCA